CCGCCCUCCGGCCAGACACACCUUUCCCUGCGUGGUCCUCCAGCGUGUCUUACCUUCUUGUCGGUCCUCUCGGCCUCGUUGUCUGGCGGUGAACUCUCACCCCAGCUGCUCGGGAAAUGUCACACAGGCAGAGAGGCCCGUGCUGCAGUAGGGGGGCGUAUAAGGAGGAAAAAAAAUAACAACAUUUUUUUUUUUCCAUUCCUACAGCUCUGACUGCAUUUUUAUCCGCGUCUCUUCCGCGCGACAUCCACAUGCCGCCACCAGCACCACCAGCACCAGCACCACCAGCAGCAGCAGCAGCAGCAGCAGCAGCACCACCACCACCAGCUGACAACUAAGUCUCAAUGCUCAUUUCGCAUUGGAGCUAAUAUAUAUAUAUAAAGGAGGGUAAACGGGGGGGAAAAACCCGUGGCAGACAUGUGAGUAGCAGCGCGUCGUCCCGGUUGUGUUUCACGCAGUGGUCUCUCCUCUCUCCCGGGAGAACGGGCUGUCAUUGAGCCGUGUCGUCGUGCGCGUACAGCCGCCUGGUGGGUUUUCACCGGGGGCUGAGAGCUGGAAGCCUCCGCGGCACACGGAGCCUCGGCUCCGGGUUUUUUUUUUUUUGGAGGAGGGGGGGCGGGGGCGUUUCUGCGUUGGCUAAUUGAGCAAAAAAAUUAAAAAAACGGCGGCGACCCCCCCCCCCCCUCCUCCCCGAAACGCCCCCCCGAUGUGAAAAAGCCCAGAUGGAGGGGAAAGCCCCUUCGACCAGUGAGAUGUACGCCUGCUGGAUGCGGAGUAACCCGGUGCCUCUCUUUGCCUCUCGCUGAACGAUCGACCCGAGGUAGCGGAGGAGAAUCGGGGGUGUUUGUGGAGUCCAGCCUGGCAUCUCCAGCCAGAUGUGGAGGCCCGGGUUUAGAGUACACACUCAAUGCGGCGGCGUGUGAGUGAGGCUGAGCAAUCACACGAGCAGAUGUGAGCACAGGGAAAAAAGAACGAGGGAGAGAUGUUGGUCUGUGUGUGUGUGUGUGUGUGUGUGUGUGUGUGUGUGUGUGUGUGUGUGUGUGUGUGUGUGUGUGUGUUAUGCUGGAAGAAGCACAGUUAUGCUUAAGAAGCACAGAUGUGUACUGCUAGAUAACCCAGUGUUGUUGUUGUUGUUGUUUUUUCAUUCAUGGUUUGAAGACCCACAUGCAUAAUGUGUAAUUUCCAGUGAUAGCUUUGCUCCGUCCUGUAAGAAAAAAAGGAAUAUUAUUCUUUUAAUCAUUUGUAAAACUUAUAUCUGUUUUUGUUUGGAACUGUACGUAGGAGAUGUGUGACAAUAAUCUCAAUUGUCUUUAACUAGAGAUGCACCGGUCAGCUUUUUCUCCCCCAAACCUGAAAUACAUCGUGUUAUUAGUGCAAAUAAGUGCUCUGUUUAAAAUCCACAUACCACAUAUUUUAUUCAUAUCAACACGUUGUGGGACGUGUUGAUAUGAAUAAGCAGCUGACUGGGAUUGUAAAAAUGAAAUUAUUCAUUUCAGAAUACAGUUUACAAGGAAACUGAAUUUGGGCCACGGCAGAUGGUUCUAGUACUGAUUUAGUGCUGUAACUUUGUCUCUAAAAAGUGAUAUUGUUGAAUUAUUUUAUGUGUGAGGCCUUUUUGGACAUCUGAUAUUGUCAUUGAAUAAUAGCGGGGUGACAGGAAAUGAAGGAAGAAAGCGAGCGGUUCAGGCCACCGGCAUACCCUGAGUGCACGUAUACUUCUUCUACAAAAGUCGUAUUUUGAUGUUUGCUUGUAGGGGAGUUGCAUGUACACCUGCGAUCUAAACCUGAAUGUCGUCGAUGGUUUCAGGAGGGAGGACAUGAGGCUUCUCUUCAGGACGUCGGUACAACAAACUAACUGGCUUGUGACGACGAUGCCCAGUCGAAGAUCCUGGGAUUGAUCCGUGAAUCCCUUUACGCUGAUGGCCUGGACUGAGUAGGACAGGUUUCAGCUGGCCUGCUGAAGCUAUGGGGAGCUGUUGGAGCUGUCUGUACAGAGACCCCAUUAGAGACAACCACCUCACCAAAUUUAAGGUCACAAAUGUGGACGAUGAGGGCAACGAGCUGGGCUCCGGCAUCAUGGAGCUCACCCAGACCGAGCUCAUUCUUCACACGCGUAAGAGGGACGCCAUCCGAUGGCCGUAUCUCUGCCUGCGCCGCUACGGCUACGACUCCAACCUGUUCUCUUUUGAGAGCGGUCGCCGCUGUCAGACGGGGCAGGGAAUCUUUGCAUUCAAGUGUUCCCGGGCAGAAGAGAUCUUCAAUCUGCUUCAGGAGCUGAUGCAAUGUAACAGCAUCAACGUGGUGGAAGAAUCCAUGAUGAUGAGUCGCAGUGGGCACACCCCAGAGAUGGAAAUGUCGCGCACACCACAGACUCCCAACACUCCAGCGUUCCCUGUUCAGGCAUUUCCCAACGGAUACCCCGGUUACCCAAUCAGAGGAGAUUCCUCCCAGCCCUCUCUUGCUGACGAUCAUGGACAUACCCUCAUGGCUUUGGAGGACCAGACCCACACCUAUGUAAACACUGUUAGUAUGGAGGGGGACCUCUCUAUGCGUCACUGUGUGCACUCCCUGCCCGAGGUGCGGCCCGGCUCUUUCCCUGAAACAACACGAGGGGCCAUGCCUGUCGGCGGUCAAGGAAAUCCCCCGUCCAACCUGCGGUGCUGUCCCCUGGAGGAGCGUAACGAUCCUCAGGUGUUCCUGCAGCCGUCCUCGCAGGAGGUCAAAUUCAUGCUUGGCCCCACUCCGGCACAGCGCCAUCUGCUGGAGAGAGAGCGGGACAGAGAGCGGGAGAGGCACGGGCGAAAUCCUCACAACCUUCCGCCAGCAGACGGUGCAACAGGCUCAGAGACGGAGGGCGACGAGCAGCCUCCAAUGCACCUCUGCAACUCUCACUCCUACCACCAUUUCCACCACCACGCGCAUCGGCACCCGGGCCUCGAGCACUCGGACAGCUGCCAGAGCGGCGAACUCACCUACGAGAACAUCAACGGGCUGAGGAGCGGCCGCAAGCAGCGGCUGAGUCCGAGCAGCGUGUCGCAGUCUCUGGGUUCAAGCAGCAGCAGCAGCACCGGGGACAGUCACACGCACUCCCUCCUGCACCCGCACGCCCUCGGCCCGUCGUCUCUACCCCCGCAGGGUUACGCCUGCGAGAGGGGCAUGGGCGGGGGUCAUCGGCGGACAGCUCUGCUCAACUACGAGAACCUGCCCUCCCUUCCGCCGGUGUGGGAGUACAGCGCUCUGCAGCGGGACGACGAGCAGGAAGAGGAAGACGACGAGCAGGAUGAGGAGGACUACGAGGAGGAGGAGGAGGAGGACUUUGAUGAGUAUGAGUUCUCAGAGGGACCGGGGACACCCAAUGGGUAUCACCAGGAUGGUCGGGGCAUCCACAGAGAUGCCCUGCAGAACUACGUGAACACGGAGCAGGUGCAGCCGCCGCGGCUCCGACACGCCUGCCCCCCGCAUCCACGGCCCUGUCAGCCGGACAGAGGCGGGGGGGUAUUUAGCUUUGAUUUCCGCAGGCGAUCGAGGUCGGGGGUCGGAGGCUGCGAGCACGGCCACAUGCCUCCAUCCCGGCAACUGAAUUACAUCCAGGUGGACCUAGAGGGAGAACCUCCCUGCCAAGGCCUCAACAGCGGGGGUGCCCAGACCCAGCCACAGCACCAGCGCCUACCACCCAAAAAAUGUGGCCCACAGGCACCCCGGCGCAGUGAAUGCUACGCAGUCAUUGACCUAAAGAAGACCGCCGCCAUGUCCAACCUGCAGAAAGCUCUGCCCAGAGAUGAUGGGACUUCCAGAAAGACUCGCCACAACAGCACAGACCUGCCUCUGUAAACGGUGUUCAAAGUGAGGAGGAUCGAUGAAGACGGACGAAGGCUUAUCCUCAUCCUAGCACACUGGACCCUUCACUGUCAUCCAUCCAAUCAACUGUCGGGCUGACUAAUACAGUACAGGUACCUAAUUAGAAACUUCUGUGUGUAUAAAAAGGAAAUGAGAAAUCUCUGAGGAGAAUUUGCCAUUUUAUUCUGUGUUAUUUAUUAGACAUGUGUGUUUGCAGUGUUUUACUGCAAAUAUGUUUGCUGGAUAUAUGGAUAUUUACAUAUAUACAUAUGUAUAUAUGAUUUUAUGCUUUGCUAUGACUUAGAGGAGAGACCUCUGGGGAAGCUGUCAUUGUCAUAAUGUAUCAGCAAAUUUGAAUUCAUAAACCCAUCUCCACUCAUACAAAUUGAUCCUGUAAUUUAGUUACUCUACAUCAAUGUGGCUUUUUACUUAAAUGCCAUGGGAGUCAAACAUGGUACCCUCACUACAGAAGAAGUACAGUAAAUGUUGAGAUGAAGAAAGGUCAAUGAUCCAAGAUACCGGCCAAUAUCAUCACAAGCAUUUUGAUCCUGAUAUUGUUGAAGAUACCAUUAUUUGUUACUGAUGCCUAUAGAGCAUUUUGCACACAAUCCUAUGGAAUUGUAUUUUAUCAUAUUUUAGGGAAUGGUUUAGUCCUUUCCAGCAUUGAAAUGAACAGAAGCGGAUGGUGAUAUCAGCAGAAGUAUACUCAACUGAAUGAUGGUAAAAGUAGCACACAUGGAAUUAAACGGGCUUUGCUCUCUCCUGUCCACAUGCAGCAAAUGAAAAAGUAGCAUAUCAUCUCCGAUCACACCUCCUGCACAUCACCCCAGACCUGCAGGAGGUCCACGCAGUUUACGCUUGUCACGUUGCACUUUUGACCAUGGGCCACUGAAACGCUCUCCGUCUCUACUCCCACUCCACUGGAGCCACAGGUUGGACCGCGUCCUUUUUACCAAAAGCAGGGGGCCAAAAUAUUUCACGGACACUCGUAGAUAUGAUUUAUUUACAUGUUUUGAUGGAGAGGACAUCAACCUCAAAUAGUGGCAUUAAUCUAUAACCUCACAUAAUAAAGUGCUGAAUCUGUCAUUUUUCGGUUAUUAGGAGUGAAUGGUUUGUUUUUAAAAGAUAAUCAAGUCAUGCAGUGGCAAUUUUUUGAGGCUUUUAUCAAUCGUAGUUGGAUGUUUAUCUAUUUAUUUAUUUAUUAAUUAAUUAUUUUAUUUUGUAAUUAUUUUGUUUUCCUUUUGAUGACCAGCGUUUUGUAAUCCAGUUGGUAAUGUGGAGACCAAAGUUUCACCUCAAAUUAUCGCUGGUGUAUUACUGUUAUAAUUGUGCUUAAUUAUAUUUUGAAAAAAAACAAAGAAAGACGGUAUUUAUAUUUGAAGUGCCAAAACCUAUUUCCAAACUGUGUGAUGAAUCAAAUCAAACGUGCCAUUAGGUUUUAUAGAAACCAAUAUGACGGAUCAUCGGCAUGAGGUGAUAACGUUUAGGACACCACGUUUUUAGAAAAGUCCAACUUUUUAAGGAUAGAUUAAUAGCACAUUCCACCUCAUCCAUAUUGACGGGCGUUUGGGAGCGAGAUAUAUAUACGAACGAUAACCUUGUGGUCUGAUAAUCACAGCCAGGGUGGUUUUAUGCUGCUACAUGUACAUACUAACAGUGUAAGCUACAGGUACUUGUCAAGAUGAAAACAUUACAUAUUUGAACCUAUGCGAUGUCAGAUCCUUCACCAUAUGUUUAACUGCUAAUAGAAGUAGCAUUGUUGUUUUUUUUCCAUAGAUUAUUUCUGAGCAGUAGAAAUAUUUAAUGUGCCAUUUCAAGGGAUGUGUCAUUUGGCCAAUACUUCAUUUCACUGAUUGAUUUCUCGCCAAACUAGCUGUUUGAUAGGAGAGGGAACGGAAGCACAGGCCCACCAAUGCUUUCAUCUUUUCAUCGUUGAGUGCUCACGUCGAGGUGAUGUUUUCAUCUGAAGUAGGGUGGUCAAAUGUUUGAGAGUUCUAGAUGGCAGUGGUAUUUAGCUUUCGAUCAAUAAGGGAGGCAAUUAAAAAUUCUCAAAUUCUGAUUAGGUUUUUUUGGUCUUCUGUGGGACAUGUUAUGAAAAUGUAUUACUGAGUCUAGCUGUCGUUUGCCAGGUUAAUUGGUGAACUUUAAACGUUAUGUCUUCAAAUUGCUUGUUUUGUCUCGCCAAUAAUCCAAGAUCUUGGAAGUAUUCCAUCUAAAAAUAUUUGAAACAGAAAAGCGAAAUAUAUUGUUACUUUUAAUUCAUCAGUUAAAUAUUUUAGUGCUACUGCUAAAAUGGUAAAAAAUAAUGUGAGAGUUUUCGUUUCUGGUGAACAUUCCCAACACAGAAGCUUUAAAUAACCUUCAAUCAAAAGCUGAUGGUUUGUGUUUUUGCUUGAUUGUCAUACUUUAAUAUGGCGCUUAAAAAAGAUAACAGGCCAACUUUUAGAGGAGAUUUCUGACUGUAUUUGCAAAGAUAUUGUCAUGAUACAUUGAAAUGAUGUUUACAUUUUUGCAAUAAUAGGUAAAUUAUUUUUUGUCAAUCUAAUUCAGACCAAUGUAUGAAGUGUGAAAUUGAAAUAUUAGUCUAUAGAGUUGUGGGCUUACUGUAUUUAAUCGCCUGUUCUUCUGUAAAUCAGCAGUCUUAUUUUUUUAUUUCAGGUACGAUGUUUACUUUUCGAUCUUCAUAGUACAAUAUCAGCUAUGACAGUAAAAAAAAAAAAGCCUGUUUUCUUGAUGGUCAAACACUGUUUUCUUGAACUUACAUUAACAGUAACAUUCAGUAGGCGGCCAUUGCCAGUACUUGAAUUACAUUUUCUUGUAUUAAUCUUUUUUAAAAAGUGGCGAUGUUUCAUCCAGGAAUCAGAAAGGGUUUCUUCUAAUUUCUCAUAAUAUGGUUACAUGUGGUUUUAUGAUCAUUUAAAAAAGUCCGAUCCAUGUUGAAACGUGCUAACUAUCUUUGUUAUAACGCAGUAACCUCACCACCACCCAAACCAGUUAGCCGCGAUUAUGGCAUCGUUAACACGUACUGAUUCACUGAUUUAAGAAUCAAAAUCAAUAGAUGUUUAAUGAUUGCUUUUCCAAAAAGCGCUCAUGUGAUCUUAUGGUUCGAAUGAAGUGCAGCUCCAACCCCAUAACUCAUUGGUUUACGAUUGGUUUCGGGUCGAUGCUAUCUCGAACGUUUAGUUUUCAUCACCUGUGUUUACGCUCAAAGCGUAUUUCACACAGGUGUCUGUGGAACACGCACGGCUCACAGGUGGGAUUUGUUCUGCAGGGCAAAGGAACAAGCGUUGAGGGUAACACCUGGUAUCGUUGAGAUCCCAAAACUGAAUUUUUUGAAUGGGUUGUUUUAACAAAAGGGCUUGCUCUGUGAUUCAUGUAAAAACAUGAACGCCAUUUAGUCCGUUAAAAAAGAAGAACAAAAUUCUCACCGUGCCUUUCAUUUUCAAGGUUGAGUAAUAUUUCCUUUGCUGUCAGAGAGGGAGGCCUGUUGUGAAAAAAUAAACAAGUAUAAGUACUUUCGCCCGUAGAAAGUUUGAAGUGUGACAAAACUGAAAGGGGCUUUAGUCAAAGUUGUAGUUGAAAAAAAGGGCCAACUCUUAAAUGUUUUAAACCAUACUUUAUUUUUAUUAUGAAGGUUUUGAACUUUUAGAAAAAUGCAUCAGGGGCAAACGACUAGUCUGACUCAAAAUAUGUCCACCAGCUACUAGGUCUCCUUUAAGAUCUUAAACAAAAUGUAAAAACGAUAAAUUGUGAUUUUAUUUUUUUCUGUAAAUGGGGACAACAGCAAAAUGAAGCUCCAAUUGAUAUUAAGUGGUAUCAACCUCAUCUCAUUGAACUCUUUGGCAUGAAAGUAUCUGAAGCGUUUCCUUAAGCGUUGUUAUUUUUAAAAAGUCGUAAUUUCUGUAGGUCACAUGCUUCAUGGUUUCGAUUAUCUGUUUAAUGGUUCAAGAGAUGCAGUGAAAAUAGCCAAACUCAGUGUGACUGACAUGGUGUUAAAUCAUUGUACGUUUGGUAGCAUAAAAAGUCCUGUGUCCUCGGUGCACUCGGUGAUUCCUCGUCACUUUUUAAAUUUCUAACCACUGAAAAUGUGAAACGUCAGAUUGAAUGCAUAUGAUAAGAGCUGAAAGAAAAAAAGGCCAGCAACACGGUGUGCACCUUGAUGCUACACAUCUUCAUCGGUGAUUUUUGUCGGCAUCAGCAUCUCUUACGUGAUUCUGUAUCAUCUUCAAAAUGACAGAACAUCACACAUGUUGUAAAACUUCUACUUCCUGUCCAUGCUAUGAGACCGAUCUCCGUCAAAAUACUGAAAGUAUCAGUAAACUGUAAUAUCUCUGUAAUAUUAUUAUUUUUAUCUGGUGGUUUUUUGUCUGGCGCAAGGGUGGGAUCACCGCCAGAGGGUGAUGUACAUUUUUGUGUAUUUGCAUACAGGUUGCAUUGGCUAAACAUUGUGACCAUUAUAUCAAUUUACAAAUCGACUGAGUGCCAAAUGUACUUGAGCAUGAAAAAAAUCCAGGACCUGUGAGGGACAGCAGGUACUCUCUGACUCGAGGGACCCGCUGCUGUCGUAGACAGUGAUACGAAUGCACAGCUGAAGGUUUUACCAUGCUAAAUAUUUUUGCUGAAAGAAAGGUACAUUUCUUUAUGUUUGUGUCUCAGUUUCUUCAUAUAUUUGUUGUAUGUUUCUGUGUUUCUAUCCAUGGCUUAUAAAUGAGUGUGCUGUGAUGGUCUAAUCAUCUUGAUUCAUUAGAAGUGAAUACAAAAGGUGAUGUGCUUCAUUUGUUGAACUGUCAAAAAUAAAUAAUUGGGUCAUUUUCAUUCUUGAAUCAUUUCAGACAACAGAUGUAUGUUAUCUGACCUCCUUUCAUCCCACCCUGUGCCCGUAAAGAUUUGCCUGACAUUUGGUAAAUUUCACCCUGAAUUAUAAUGUGGAUUUGUCCAAAAUGUAAAAGUAAAUGUAAUUCUAAUAUUAAAAUGAAGCUAUGAAAAUAUAUUACUGCCACUGAACAGUGUCUAUUUUCUUUCUGUACCUCGAACCUUCAAACAAUAAAGGUUUUGGAGUAA